AGAAAGGUCUCUUGAACAUUUGUGUAGCUUUGGGUGUCAAUCCUGCUGGUUAUGUCAGCAUUCAUUUUUCCCAAGAACUGCCCCAUAUGUCCCAAUGUGCUUGGAAACAAUGAAACUAGCCAAAACCUUCUUCAAAAAGGAAAGCGGUAUUUCUUCUCUGAACAGGUGUCCUGCUCGCCAAAACGUGUGUGUUGAGAAAUCUUUGGAAGGAAGAUUUGAUAUUUGCAAGCUUUGUGCCUUGACAGUGAUCACCAUGGACAGUGUGUUCUUAACAGAGGACAAAGCCAAUUCUGUGUAUAAAAGAUACCGAAGAGCCAACAAAUUUUUGGAAGAAUUAAAGCAAGGUGAUAUAGAACACGAAUGCAGAGAAGAAAUUUGUACCUAUGAAGAAGCAAGAGAAGCAUUUGAAAAUGAGGAAAAGACGAAGGAGUUCUGGAAAGUCUACAAAAAUGGACUUCAGGGAGAAAGUAACACAGGACAUAGCUGGUAUUCAUUUUACCUUGCAUUUCCAUUAAUCAUUGGCCUUUUUGUUAUCCUCAUUGUCGUUUUUGUCAUAUGGAGAUGCCUGUUUAAAAAGAAACCGCGCAGACAGUCGGUGUACGCGCACAGGGGAGCCCACGAAGCGAUAGGUGAUGGUGCUGUGUCUGACGGCAGAGGUUCGCUCCCGCAGCCUCUCAGCAUUGUUCAUUCCCCACAGGAGGAAAUGUUUGAAGUCAGUGGGCUCUCUCCGGGAGGCCUGAGCUAUGCGGAUACACGAUCAGACUCAAUAUCCACAAGGCUGUCAAACUGUGAUCCUCCUCCUUCGUACGAGGAAGCCACUGGUGAAAUCAGUGUGAGAAGAAGUGAAGCUGAACCGCACUUAGAUCCACCCCCACAAUAUGAAGACAUUAUGAAUUCUUGUUCAGCCAAUGCAAUUGCACUAUCUCCUGUUACCACCAGUACGAAGUAAAACAGGAAGAAUGCUUCUGGACUUCAAAACAAAACACAAAAACUAAUCGUUCUGUUGCACUUUAUCUUGGCUUAUUAUGCAUUUCUGUAAUUUAAGCAACCUGUAUAAUGAACUUCCCUUUUGUUUUAGGUUCACUUGUUCUUUGAGUCACAGGUUUUUCUUUUCCCUUAUAACAGUCCUUAGAAGAUAAGGAAUCUGUAUUGUGAGCACAGUGCAGGUACAGAGAUGGUACUCUGUCAUUAUUCUCAAAAGUAUCUCUGAUUUGAGGGAUGUUGCUUGUUUUAUUCUGUAUGCUGACCGCAUUCCCCACAAGAUUUGUGGAAUCCCCUUCUCUUCUUGCUGCAGACUCUUGGAAUUGCCUGAGGUGGGGAAUCCUUAAGAAACAUUCUAGAAAUUUAGUUAUGCUAAAGCAAACUAAUUUUACAGUAUUUCCUCUUGCCUGGUUGGUUCCUUUUUCUCACCUGGGAUUUUUUUUACAUGCCACAUUGUAUCUUGGGCCCUCAAAUGGCCGAGAGCCAUAUGCCUUGGUGUUCAAAACCAAUAUAUGGUUAGACUCUGCUGGCUUCAUAGCAAUAAAUUCAGAGCCCUAGCAGAGGAGAGAGAUUCUAAAGCUUUUUCUGUUAGAAUUUAUGUUUAGAAGCUAGUAAUUCAAGACAGUAAUUAGUGAAUCUGAGUACUUUUUUUUUUGUUCUGCUUUUCUUCUGUUUUCUAUCUGUCUUUAUUUGUUUAUUCUAGGGCUGAGAACUGUGUGUGUGCUACUUUCACAGCUUGAAAGUUCACUCAACAUUAAAGAAUGAAAUACUGAAGAAUGAAUAAGAUCCUUCUUGUUUGGAAGUAGAUACCAAAACUACCAUAGUCUUCACUGGCACCAGGAUUUCCUCCAUUAUCCAUAAACACUUAAAUCCAAAGAUACUUCUUUCCCUUUUAAAGGGGGAAAAAAAAAAAAGGUAUUCAGUAUACAACUUUUUUCCACAAUAAUAUGACCCCAUUCUCAAAUCCUGAUAUUAUUUUGCUUCUUGCAUACUUAAAUGUAUCACCUGCACACCUUUUGUUACUGGCUAUGGAAAUGCAUUGCAGAGAAUUUUGGUAACUUCAACUAGAGUAUUUAUUGCUGAUUUCACAUUUGUUCAUUCAAGUAAGAGGUGCUGGAAAGCAUUGGUAAUCUAGGCUAACUCCACAAAUGUUGUGGCCAGGGUAGCUCUGCUAUUUCCAGGUGAGAGCUGUGCAGUCUACCUGAUGCAGGGCAAAGCCAUGAGGAACCUCUGUGUUGUAUUUCUAGCAAUGCAACACAGGCAUAAGCCCGAGCUUUAGUUUGGAGUGGGUUUUUUUUGAAGCUGUAGAGAUUUCUGUCAGAUUUCAUACAAGUUGAUUGAAAUUCUAUACGAGCCUCUGUUUCAACUGCUUUAGACACCAGUGAUAGUUUAGCUGGUGCACACUGUGGUUUGCUGAUUUACUUUUCUCUAUUUGAUUUAAGAAUUUAUUGAUCAGUUUAGCUUGUGAAUAUUUAUUUUGAUUUUUCUUCUCUCAUCAAGGUGGCAAGGCAUUAAUUUUAGUAUGUUCUGUUUUCUGCUAAUGAAUUAGCACCAACUGAAAUGGAUUUAGAAGGACCACUGUGAAAUAUCAGUGCCGUCCAUUUGAAGUUGCUGUUAAUGUGCUCAGUUAAUUGCCUGUUGGCAUCUAUGAUCUUGUGUGAGUCUGAUCCAUCUUUCUCCUAAGCAACUUUGUAGAAGAUUGCUGAAAAGAAAUGGAUAAAUAUGUGGGUGUGCAUAUGCACACUUCUGUAAGAAUUCAAUAUGGUAGUUUGAAAUGAAGUUAUGAUUCUGUGAUUAAUUUUAUAUUCUCAUUUUUGGCAAAGAGUAGGUGACCUAAGAUCUCUACUGGGGGUCUUAAGUUGCAAAAGCAAAUUUAUUGGAGUUAAUGGAUGGAGCUCCAGGCCAAACUGUUGUCAGAAAGAUGACUCGUAUAUUCAUUAUUCAUAAUGGAUAUCGAGCAGAUAAGUACAAUAUAUUUUGGACUCUCUAACCUUUUGAAGUGCUUUUAGCUCUUAGGUGAAGUCCUAAAUUGCCACUUGUAGAAAUUUAAGCUCCUUUUAUACUGAGCAACAGUUAUACUGCCUUUGGCCAGACAUUACCAAAACAAAGUGCCUCGUCUCAGUUGCAGGAGACACCUGAAAGUGCUGGUAUUCAUGUCUAUGCCAUAUUGGCAUCUCCUGUGCCUGCCAUCACAGCUGGCGGUUUUAGCAGUAAUUUUUUAGUUUGGAGAUAUGGUGUACCUGUAGGAAAUGCCUGGAGAUAACCCAUUUCAUGUUAGGUCAGCAGCUGUCACCCCCUGAGCAGGGGCAGUCUGGUUUAGAGGUGAGCCACCUUUUUUCCCUACUUUGUUGGUCUGUAUUCCGUUACCAGUCUUAACAACUUUCACGUUUCUGUCUCCUAAGAAGAGUAUGUUACUGCAUUCUGUAGACACUUUGUGCAGUGCAAACAUGACAGUUGUCCUUCCAGGUAAAGUCACAACCAAAUAUCUGAAAUGAUCUGUGACUAGAAUUUAUUGGAUCAUGCCUUUUCUGCAUCCAUGCACGUGAAAUGUGAAUGCCAUCUAGGGCUAUAAAUUUACAUCUUGGCAUGAAUAAGCUUUCAUGAAUAAACUAAACUUGUGUGUGCCAGUUAUCUAAAUGUUUCCACUGACACAUGCAGCUUUCUUCUUGUUGGAGUAAUGUCAAAGUACCUAAUAUUUUGUUUUACUUUGUGAAAUGUGGGGAAAUAACUUAAGUCUUGGGGAGAGCUGUUCUGAUCUGGGGAAAGAAUAACAUUUCUUUUUGUAGCAGGUUUUCCUACAGCUUUGUUUUCCCAGGCACUUACUGAUUCUUCUUCUCUUGUUGUUGCAUUACCAUGCCAUAAACAUUAUAAAUUUAUAGUUGUAUCUCUCUAAAGGCUUUCCAAGUCUGAAUGCAGUACUGCCUUGACUAAUGACGUGAAUAGUCAGGAUUCUGCUUUUCCCACUUUUGAAUGUAACACUGAAUUUCAUGUAUUAGGACUGAGAUGAUUUACCCACUAAAACAAAUUUGUAUUUAAAUGUCACUUUGAGAAAUGAUGGAAAUUAAUUGUGCUUAGAUGAUGUUUAGCAUUAGUGGAGGUUGUUCUGUCUUCACUGGGUGUAAAUAACCUCUGAUUACAGUAUUGCAUAUUUAAAAGGGGUUUGGUUUACAUUAAAUUAUCGUAUUUAAACAUUCUUGACUAUGUUUGUAGAAAAAAGUUUUGUAACAUUUCUUUUUGGAUAUGCAAAAUAAAAUUUUUUAAAUGCCU